UGACUAUUUGUUUUUCAGAUGAAAGUCGUACUUAAAUACUAGGCGGAAUCGCAGGGGAAGGCGGCGUCUCAGAGGUCGAAACAUCUUCAACGAUGCCGGCUGCUCUAGAUGCGGCUGGAACUACUGCAACGGCGACGGACAAAAAGGGGCUGGAGUUUGGUCCUUCUGUUCUUCAUCAAUCAGAAAAACCGGAACCGAACUCGACCUUUUCUUACCUGGAUCUUUGUAAUUUUGGGUAUUAUGAGCACCCAGAAGAAUUGGCCUUGCGAAAGGCGAAGGAGGCGCAGAGGUUGUGGGAGGAACAGGUGGAAGCAGAGCUUUUGGAACAGGAAGAGCGUGAGAAAGAAGCUCAGGAGAAAGAGCUGGAGAAGCAGCAGAAAGUAGACCAGGCAGCGCGUCAGCACGAGGCUGCGACCCUGGCCGCCGGCC